GUGAUAUUGUCAGUCAGGGCGAGGGUGGCAGGCAGCACAUCUCCCUGCACAUCCGGCGUCGCUUCCAGUUCUCGUCCGCGUUGAAGCGCAUGUCUACCGUCUCGACGAUGUCGAACAACAGGACUCUCAUAGCCGUCAAGGGUGCGCCCGAGACUAUCAAAACAAUGCUUGCGAGCGUGCCCGGAUUCUACGAUGACACGUACAAGUGGUACACUCGCCGGGGCAGCCGAGUGCUCGCCAUCGCGUUCAAGGAGCUGGACAGCAUGUCGCAGGACAAGAUCAACAAGUUGACCCGCGAUCAAGUGGAAAGCGGACUCACCUUUGCAGGCUUCCUCGUAUUUCACUGUCCCUUGAAGCCAGACGCCGUGGUCACGCUGAAGAUGCUGGUAGAUUCAUCACAUAGGUGUAUCAUGAUCACUGGGGACAACCCUCUGACGGCAGUUCACGUUGCCCGCGACGUCGAGAUUGUAGAUCGCGAUGUUUUGAUCUUGGAUCUGAAAGAAGAUGCGACACAUCCUGGCGUUGACGAACACAAAUUCAUCCCUGUCGAUCCCUCCGAGCCGCUAGACCGGUCUCUGUUCCAGGAGUACGACAUCUGCGUCACCGGCGCGGCGUUGAGGCAGUUCGAGGGCCGCUCGGCAUGGAACGACAUCGUGCAGAACACCUGGGUGUACGCGCGCGUGUCGCCCGCGCAGAAGGAGGCGAUCCUCACGACGCUCAAGUCGCUCGGCUACGUCACGCUCAUGGCGGGCGACGGCACGAACGACGUUGGUGCGCUGAAGCAGGCGCAUAUUGGCGUGGCGCUGCUGGACGGGACGCCUGAAGACCUGCAGAAGAUUGCGGAGCACCAGAAGAACGAGCGGAUCAAGAAGGUGUACGAGAGCCAGCUGAAGAUUUCGGCGCGCUUUGGGCAGCCGCCGCCGCCUGUCCCUCCUGCUAUCGCCCACCUGUACCCUAAUGUCGUUGAGGCUCAGAAGAAGGUCAGCACCGAAUUUCAAGAUGCACGGAAGAAGAACCCUAUGGAGAAGUUCGACCUGGCGUCAAUCACGGACAAACUGGCUUCAAUGGAGGAAGAGGACGAUGUGCCCAAGAUUAAGCUCGGAGAUGCCUCCUGCGCGGCGCCCUUCACCUCAAAGCUGUCCAACGUAUCAGCCAUCGCCACAAUUCAGAUGUACAAGAUCCUGGCGCUCAACUGUCUCAUCACGGCAUACAGUCUGAGCGUUCAGUAUCUGCAAGGCAUCAAGUUCGGCGACUACCAAGUGACUAUCACGGGAAUGCUUAUGUCUGUCUGCUUCCUGUGCAUCUCGCGCGCGAAGCCGGUCGAGAAGCUGUCGCGCGAACGCCCGCUGGGGAACAUCUUCAACCUCUACGUGCUGCUGUCAGUCCUGGUCCAGUUCGCGCUGCACAUUGCGUCUUUGGUCUACAUCACGCAGCUGUGCGGUUUCUACGAGGAGCUGGGACCGAUAGACCUUGAGGCGAAGUUCGAGCCCAACCUGCUGAACACGGCCAUCUAUCUCCUGAGCCUGUCUCAACAGGUGUCUACGUUUGCCAUCAAUUACCAGGGGCGUCCGUUCCGAGAAGGGAUCCGGGAGAACCCUGCGUUGUACUAUGGGCUGGUGGGUGCGAGCGCGGUGGCGUUUUCGGGUGCGACGGAUUUCGUCCCGGAGCUGAACCGCUGGCUGCAAAUCGUCGAGAUGGAUCAGACGUUCAUGUACAAGCUGACGACGACGAUGAUUGUCGACUUUGCGGGCUGCUGGGCGAUUGAGAUUGUGUGCAAGUGGCUGUUUGCCGACCUGGAGCCGAAGGCGAUGAUCACGCGUGGGAGGGAGCGGAGGGAGGCAAGACGGAAGCUGGAGGCUGCUGAGCAGAACGGGGCAGCGGUGCUGCCGCACUGUGUGCGCAUUCUACGACUUGCACACCUGCUCACACACGACCCAGUCGCCGCGUACGCCAUGUCUGCCAACACCUCCGCGCCGCCCCUCCCGCCCACGCACAACGCGCUCGAGGCCCACCACCGCAUCCGCCUCGUCCGCUCCGCACGAAAACUCGGCGCCGUCCUCGGGUCCACGCCCCAGGUCGCCGACCACGAGCCGCCCACCCCCGGCCCCACCCCGCUCCUCCCCAUCGGCUGCACGCCCAGCAGCAGGCCCAGCACGCCCUUCUCCCUCCGCGGCAGCCCGCCGUCCUCGCGGCCCAGCACGCCCGGGUCCAUCUACUCCUCGUCCUCCACCAACUCCUCCAUGGCGUCCCUCACCCUCUCCACCCCCCGCACGAGCGCCGAGUCCCUCAGGCUCGCGGAGCCCAAGGGCUUCUCCACCCCGCGCGGGCGCAGGUCGAAGGAGCUCCCCCGCCCGCUCGUCCUCCGCCUCAACGCCGUGCCCAUGCCCCCGACCGACCGCCGCGCCGCAAACGCCGCGCCGACGCCGGCGCUGCCCCGCACGCCCUCCACGCCGCGCUCGUCCUCCGCGCCCCCCGCGACGCCCACGACGCCCAUGCCGCCCAGCGCGGCGGAGCUGCGCAGGAAGCGCAUGGCGAAGCUCGCGCGCACGCUCGGCGAGAACGUCCCCGUCGACCUCGUCUUCCCGCCCUCACCCGCACCCGCACCUGAGCCCGCCACCGCCGUCGCGCGCACGCCCCCGUCGCUGUUGUCGCCCGCCGCAGAGCGCACGCGGAGGCGGCGGAGCAUGUCCGUGGAGGUGGCGCACGCGGCGGCCGCGGUGCUCGCGCCGUCGCGCGACUCGCGGAUAUGGGUCACGGGCGGGAACCUCUGGACGGGCGAGUGGAACCGGCGCGACAUCCGCGAGGUGCAGCAGCAGCUCCGGAGGCUGCGGUGACCGGCGAUGCCGCAGACGCGGCGCAUUGUGAUUGCUUCUACGGCGCCCGCGGGGUGCUGGCCAUCUGCGGCGGGGCUGGCUGCUGUUGUGCGGUACGGUCUGGUCCUGGUUCGCAGCCCUGCUUGUGUAUCACUACGUCUGGUCCGACUCGCUUGACGUUUGGAGACCCCUUCAUACUUCACAUACUAUCUCUGCCCAGGCAUGUACACUAUGCGAUGUUUUACUGUACAUCUACGUCCUUAAUCAUAUAGAAUACAUUGGCUAGCGACGUCUCCAGUGCCAGUGCAACAGUGAAACAGACCGUUGUGCG